UUGAAUUAAUUCUAAAUCUUGUUAUUUCUUUAUCACAUAAUUGUAUUAAUGUUUAUUAUUUUGUUUGUACUUAGUCCUGCAUUAUGUAGUUUCUAUUGACAAAUUAGUUUUUAUUCAAAUAUAUAUAACAAGGGGUUAUCAAGGGGUUAUUUAUCUAAUAAAAUAGACCGGAAAAUUAGGGGAGAUGUUAAAAAUGAAGUUUAGUUUAGUACUUAGAAUAAUUGCUCAGGCUUCUGCUAGUAUGUACCAGUACUAAAAGGAAUCAUGGAAUCAUUAAGAGUUGUAUGUAUAUUUAAGAGUACAGUUUAACUCUAUUUUUUUUCUUUCAAAAUGGCUCCUUUUAUUUGAGAUGACAAAACUUUGAGAAGAUAGGAGUAAACACUAAUUAAAAGAGAUUGGGCUGUGUUUUAUUGUUGUCUGUGUGAUUUGUUAUAGGCUUUUAAUAAUGUAGCUUGUUAGAUUGAAGGCUCUGCAAAUUUAGGUAAAGUUUGGUCCGUGUUUAGUUUCUUAUUUUGACUUUUUAUAGCUUAUUGGAUUUGAUUUAGAUUAGGGAUUAACUAUUGAAUUGAUAUACAAAUAUGUCGUUAAGUGGUUGGUUCAUAUUCAAAAGCCAUAAAUAGAUCUUUCAAAUCCUAUAACUGUUUGAUCUCCAUGAUCUAAGAAAGAUUCUUCAACACCCACAAAUGGUUUUUGAUUGGGGAUUAAGUAGUGGAUUGAGAAAAGAAACAGCUUCUCUGUACAAAACUGAUUUGAUACCUUGUGUAGAGGGCUGAUUCCUUUUAAUGUGUUGGACUUAAGCAUUGCUAUUCAAGUAUUUUAAUCCUUAAUAUUCCUCUACAAUAAGAUUUGUAAUUUGUUUCUGAGUUAUCAACUUCAACACAAUUACUUACAACAAUACUAUUAGAUUUAUUUUUAUAAACCACACUAUUAUUAUGACGAAAAUUUAAAUUUAAUAUGGGAGUGUACAUCACAAGGAGUUCAAUAAAGUAUCAAAUUGGUGUAGCAUCCUGUCAAAUUUAAAACAGGUAUAGUGUCUCUACAUUUUGUUGAGCAAGGACAUGCUUCUAUUUUGUGGUCUUUUUACCCUCCUCUAAUUGAGCACUCAGUUAUGAAAUUAAUGUUCGAAUAUGUGUUAGUGUUAGGUGUAACUAGAUAGGGCUGGACAAAGGAACCGAGCCCAUCCGAAACCGUCAAAACCGAGUGCAAUUGUAGGCAUGCGUACGUGUCGGUUUGAGUUGUCGGGUGAAUGGGUUGUUAUUUUUCGGUUAUAACUGAGUUCACUCGGUCGAAUUUGGAUGGCAAGAAUAAAUUCAUGUGAAAUAUGUAGUAUUCUGAUAAAUAUUAAAUUUUGAGUACAAUAUGUAAUAUUCUGGCAUUAAACCAAUAAAGCUGCAUCACUGUACCGCUCUUCUCGUAUGGCUCUCUGCAAGAUUAUAAAAUAUACAUGCAUAUUUAAAUUAUACACAAUAUAGUGAAAAAGUAAAACAUAAAAAUCAGCUAACAGCAUAACAUCCAUUUGUCAAAAUCCUUACUUUGAGAAGAGAUAUCACUUUUCCAACACUGUCAUUGUUGGAUGCAGCUGCAAUCGCCACUUGAAGCCUAGAAGCUUCUUCAUAAUCCUCCACGUAUACAGCAUGACGUAACUGAGACUGUUUAGCAUAAAAAAGAACAAGCAACGAUUUAAAUUAUAAACAGGUUUGAAGAAAUCCUACUUAAGUAUGACAUGAGAAUCCGCAUUGACAUAAAACAUCAAGAACUAAGCUCACCAUUGUUGUUGGUUUGGUGAUAGGUUUGUUAGUGUUACUUUAUAUUCAUUCCUUUGUGAUCUUGCAUUAAAACACAGUAAGAAAGCAAGGAAUUAUCAAGACAAUAAAUGCGGUAGGAGUAACGAUUGUAAAGUAGACAUUGAAUUCAUAAAGAUUAUAAAUUGUGUAGCAAGCAUGGAUAAUGGUGAAGAUGCUAAUGAUGUCGGGAGGAACAAUGGUAGUUAUGUGGAUAAUGAAGAAGGAAAAGAGGAUUUGGAUGAUUACAAAGAUAUAGGUGAAAUCUCAGAUGAUGAUAUAAGAGAUAUGAAAUUUGAGUCAGAGAAAAAAGCUUGUGAGUUUUAUGAAACAUAUGCAGAAUAUCAUGGGUUUGCUGUAAGAAGAGAUGAGAUUGACCGUGAUUUCAAAAAAAAUAUUAUUAUGCGCCAAUUAGUUUGUAAUAGAGAGGGAAAAAGACAUAAGAAACAUAUGUUAAGGGUGGAUCGACAUAGGGGGCCAAGGCCAAUCACUCGAACAGGUUGUCUUGCUCGGUUGCGUGUGGCAUAUGAUGUAGUGACUAGAAGUUGGAGAGUUGUUGCAUUUGAAUCCGCUCAUAAUCAUAAGUUAACUCCAUAGCGGUUUGUUCAUUUUAUUCCUAAGUAUCGUCGACUGAGUGAAGCUGAUAAAGCGCUUGUUGAUGGCUUGCAUACAUGUGGUGUUAGAACAUGUCAUAUUUUGGGUUUUAUGUUGGGUCAGAAAGGUGGUCAUGAAGAUUUGGGAUUUAUCAAGAAGGACCUAUAUAAUUAUUUUAGUAAUGGAGCCAAGGCUAAAAGAGAAAAUGGAGAUGCUUUUGCUGCUUUGUCUUAUUUACAAGCUAAAGCCGACAAUGAUCCGAUGUUUUUUUCGAAGUUUACCACAACAGAGGAUGGCCGUCUACAAAAUUUAUUUUGGUCAGAUGGAACUAGCCGAUUUGACUUUGAAUGUUUUGGUGAUGUGGUUGCAUUUGACACGACCUACAAAAAGAACAAGUACAACAAACCCUUUGUUAUUUUUUGUGGGUACAAUCAUCAUGGUGAAACUACAAUUUUUGGGUGUGCUUUAAUUUCAUACAAAAAAGACAGAGACAUAUAAGUGGGUUUUAAAUGCCUUUUCUGAAGCAAUGUUCCAUAAAUGUCCAAAUGUAUUUGUUACUGACGGAGAUGGUGCGAUGUGGGAAGCUAUUAGAGUUGAAUUUCCAAAUGCGUCACAUCGCCUCUGUUUAUGGCAUUUACAUCAAAAUGCUAUUGAGAAUGUCAAGAAUUCAAAGUUCCUAGAAGAGUUUAAGUCAUUGAUAUAUGCUAACUAUACCCCCGAGACAUUUGAAGAUGUGUGGAAGAGGAUUAUUGAUGAUAAUGGUCUAUCAGAGAACAAAUGGGUUAAGAAAACUUAUGAGAUAAAGAAAAUGUGGUCGAGUGCGUACAUGCGAGAGACACUUUUUUGUGGUAUAAGAACUACAUCAAUGUGUGAAGGAAUCAAUUCAUUUAUCCAGGGGUAUGUGGACAAUAAAAACAGUCUUGUGGAUUUCAUGCAUAAUUUUGAAAGAGCUUUGAAAGAAUACAGACAUAACGAAUUAUUGUCUGAUUUUAAGUCGUUCUAUUAUGAACCCGUGUUGACAAGUGCUUUAGAAGGAAUUGAGACUGGAGCAUCAGAGAUAUUUACAUGUAAAAAAUUUAGGGAUGUUAAAAAUGAGAUAGAAGGUGCAGCUGCAUUGAAUAUCAUUGACAAAAUUGAGAUUGGUAAUAACGUGACAUUGAAGAUGAAUAGAUUUUUCAAUCCAAAUUCUGAAUUUUCAGUUUGUCUUGAGAAGACGGAGACUGUAUUUUUAUGUGAUUGUCGACUGUUUGAAUGUUUAGGAAUUCCGUGCUCUCACAUUAUUUGUGCCAUGAGGCAUGAGCAUAUGAAUGUGUUUCCAAAAAGUUUGAUUUGUAAGAGAUGGACUAAAUCAGCCAAGGAUGAUCACAUUGCGUCGGUGUUUUUUGAAGAAAGUGAUUCUGAAAAGUUGUUCAUGUGUCGUAGAGGCGCAAUGUCUGCUGCAUUCAACACUUUGUGUGAUGUUUCUUGUAAAGAUUAUGGUUUCUAUAAAGAGGCUCUAGAAGGAGUUUACAAAUUAUGUGAAAAUAUAAAGAAGCGUCAUGAAGUAAAUGAUAAACGUAAGUCUAAUCCGUCGGUUAUUGGUGAUCUUGUAGAGGCUAAAACAAAAGGUGCCCCUCAUAAGAAAAAAAAUUUGUGGAAGACAAAUGGUGCUAUUCGUAAAGAAAAAAAGUCAUGGAAGUCAAGACAAUGUUCUCAUUGUAAACUACCAUAUCACACAAAACGGAAGUGCCCGGUACUAGCUGCACGUGAUGAUUUACAUCAGGUUGACGAUAAGGUUUCAUCCGACCAAUCUAUUGAUGAAUCAAUGAAUUUUAAUGUGUCCAUAAGUCAUAGUAUCAAUGACGACAUAGACUCCCUAAAAGUCUCAAAUAAAAACAAGGGUGUAGAUAACACUCGUGGUAGUAAACAAAAGGGAAAAGGUGUCAAUGUUGCUUUUUCAACACAAGACUCUAUCAAUAAAAUAACUUCUAAACAAGUUGAAAAAGAGAAAUCUAGUGGACCAAAGGUAAACAUGGCGGAUACAAAUGGACAAACUCGUCCAACUAAUAUUAUGGGACAUGACUCUCCUAUCAAAAUGGAAAGUUUUAAUGCAACAUGGCACAAUGGUGUGGGAUAUGGUGCUCAUUAUAAUGGGGUUUCGAAUCAAAGUGUACCAAUAUUUCCCCAAUUUGUUCCAAAUCAAGGUGCAUUGGUUCACCCUCAAUUUAUUCUGAAUCAAAGUGCAUUGAUUUCCCCCAAUUCGUUCCAAAUCAAAGGGCAUCAAUUUUCCCUCAAUUUCCAUUAGUAGACAACUUCACAUCACAUUCAAAUUCUCUUUUAUAUAACAGAUCACAUAAUAUUCCACAUAGUACGCAUUUUAUGGGCACAUGAAGGAGAUGGAACAUUCUGCAAAUUUCACUAGAAACAAAGGUGAAAAUGAAGAUUCCAAACCCACAAAUCGCAAUCGGUGAGACAGUACGCAGGGACACAUGUGAAGCAGUUGCCAAGAUAAUGGAGCAAUCUUUGAGACUCUUUUUUCAGCACCAGAAUUUAUUGGAGGAUACUUUGUAUGCCGAGUAGUUGAUUCAAGCAGUCCCUAGUUGGUGGAGGCAAUCAGUUUGCGUUUUUGGCUGGUAGUUUCAGACUGUGCGUCUCAAGUCAGUAGGGUGUAAAAGGCUUGCAUUAGGUGUCCGGCUAAUAUUGUAGGCUUCGGAGCUCGUAUUUUGUAGCACUGCAGUUUGGUUCGCUUGAUCCCUGGUCGCGGUGAGGUUUUCUUCUCGUGUUUUAAAAUAUCCUUUGUUGAUGUUGUCUCUGGUGGAACAUCAAUUUUUGCUGAGUAGCUGAGGUUGAUUGGAGGCUGGCAGAAGCGAUUUCUCUUUUUCCUGUUAGCUGUCUUACUUGAGUUAUUUGUUGCAUUUGUCUAUCAAAUUUUCUAGAUUGUAGAAGUAUUAUUCAUUUGGUUGGUGGGUGGCCUCUGUGUUGAUGAUGGUGCUGUAUUAUGAAAGAAAUCUGGUGUAUUAGCUAUUUGCUAUUUUAUGUUGUUCUUUUGUACUGUUUUUGGCAUAACUUAUGCCUACUGGUAAUGAAUUAUUUUUGCCUUUUCAA